UCUGUCUCCAUCGCUAAAUAUCCCUCCCAGCGAACUCGACGUUUCAGUCUCCGCCCAACUUGCGGUUAAAUCGAUUGAUUCUCGUGUUCUUAUUUCAUAAACCCGAUUCAAAAUGAAGCACCUCGCCGCUUACCUGCUCCUCGGCCUCGCCGGCAACGAGUCUCCCUCCGCUGCCGACAUCAAGGGCGUUCUGUCCGCCGUCGGCAUUGAUGCCGAUGAGGACCGUCUCUCCAAGCUCCUCUCCGAGCUUGAGGGCAAGGACAUCAACGAGCUGAUCGCCCAGGGCUCCGAGAAGCUUGCUUCCGUUCCCUCCGGUGGUGCCGGCGCUGCUGCUGCCGCCCCUGCCGCCGCCGCCGGUGGUGACGCUCCCGCCCAGGAGAAGGAGGAGGAGAAGGAGGAGUCCGAUGAGGACAUGGGCUUCGGUCUCUUCGACUAAGCGUAUCGUCUCGUACGAACCUCCAAAAGAAAAAUACGGUGAUUUAUGGGGGCACAGAAGUCUGGCGGUUCUUUUCAGUCUUGGGAGGAAAUUCGCCCAGGAAACUGGGCCAGCCUGCAUUUUCAGGCUGUUCUGAUGCAGUGACGAUUCAUGCAUACGGGAGCUGGAAAGAGCUUUUAGCUAAUUCAGAUUAUCUGACCUCCACCACUUGUUUCCCUCGUAGGUUAAGUAUCGAUGAUAGUUUGAUGAUCACUGCGGAGUAUAACACUGUAUGUGUAGUCGCGCUAGG